AUGGACAAAGGGAGAGAUCACAACUGGGGAGACUAUUACUACCAAGGAAAACGACCUUCUGGAAGAAAAGCGUGGCUUCUUGAGGUUGUCCACUUUAUCAAUCAGUCCAUACCAACUUUCAACGAAAUCUUUGAUGAGGAAACAUUCUACGUUUUCGCAUUUUUGGUUGUUGUGUUCUCGAUUCUGACUGCAGUAUUCUUAUCCAAAGUGGUAGGAAUCACCAUCAAAGAGCAUCCCAUCAAUAUCAACAGGGACUGGGGAGAACCAAAGCCAGCGCACCCUUUUAGAUUUCCAUGGAAAAUGAAAAAAGAGUGA